UUUAUACGCGUUAUGGAGGAAAGGCUGGAUGGGCCUGUAACGGGUUUCCAACUCUUCUCCCGUUAUGCGCGGAAGAAACCGGAAAUCGUCGCAUGUAUAGUGCUUACUGGUUUUUUUCUGAUUAAUGGCAUACGGUUGAACGCAUUACAGGAAAUAGAGAGAUCUCGUCGCAUGAUGCGUUUUCGUAUCUACGGUCAUGGAGCCACCCUCAUUUUGCUUUGUUGUGGUGGAUUCUCUGGUUUGCUAGGUUUGAAAAAACGUUUCUACUCAUAACUUCGGUCUCGCGUCUUUCCUCCUUGUUUCCAAUAAUAUACCGUUACUUCGCUCUC